UGGCACCGGAAAAGCCCAAUUUCCAGCCCAUAAGUCUCGUCGUCAAUAUGUGAGGCAUAAAAGUCCAGUACCGUAUUUCCAACCGACAUGCAAACAUGAAGUGUCGUUUCCUAAUCGCAAUAUUCUGCUCCAACAUUUUCCUUGGAGAAUCAACAUGGUUCAAACCUGAACGUGAGGAGUUUCUAAUGAAGACCAGCGUCUUGGACAUGUUGGCCUUUAUGAAGAAGCUACCCAAGCUUCCGAUUGAUCCCCUUCAAUUAUGGCCCAUUGACGAAAAGGUCUCUAAAAAGCUCUACAAAGGCAAGCUAGAGACCUGCGACCUGCUGCUCCACAACCUGCGGAACCUCGAGAUCCGCGAGUUAGGAAUCCAUCGCAAUCAAAACCUAACGGACUUGACCUUUUUCGUUCGAGCCCAUCUACCUUCAGUCUUCAUUACCGGGACCUAUGCUCUUUCCGAGCUCCGAUAUUUAGGCAUCAUGCGCGAGCGGAACAAGAUGGGUCGCUUCGAGAUCGAUUUGUCUUAUUUGGAUGCCGAGUUUAAGAUGAGGAUGUAUCUGGAUGAGAAUCGGAAGGUCCACGCCGAAAAGGCCGUUUUGGAAUUCGAAUGGCAAGACACUACCUUGAAUUUCGAGAACUUUCUUCGCGAUAAGCAGAGCACGCGAAGCAAGCUCACCCAUCUUCUCAUCAACCAGCUGGGUGUUGGAGAUCUUGUGGUCCAGAAGCAAAGGGAAAUGAUUCAAUCCUUGGUGGAUCCAUGGGUGAAAGAGACGCUCCGUUGUGCCGUGGAACAACCUUUUGACGACCUGGACCUCUGUAUGGAGGACCUCUGGAUGAGUUUGGGCUUCGAAUAUCCAUUUGAAUUUCCAGAGUGCACCAUCAAGAAGGAGAAUUAUUAGUGAUAAAACGAACGAAUAAAACCCACUAACUGACUGGAUGGAGGCGCUAUCCUAAGAAUGUUUCCCCGGUGAAGAUCCCCCUUCUGGUGUUCUCGUACUUUAGCAUUGGGACGCGUUUCGUGUCCUAUUCGGUAUCAAUGACCCACUUUGUAUUAUAUCUCAUUAUCUCUUCUAUUGGCUUUUAUAUCUGUGAAGUAGAGGAGGAGCAUCUUGCGGCCUGCCUGGUGUAUAAUUAUAGUCUCAUUUCUCCGA